UAAAUGAAAAAGAACAACAGUCUGAAGAAAAGAAGAAGGAAGACAGCGAGAGAUACAGAGAUGAAGAAAGCAGGCGGCGGCGGGGGCGGAGGCGGUGGAGCAGCCGCCGACAAGAAGAGGGGCAGGCGUUCAUACGCAGAAUCAGCCACCGACGCCCCAACUAGGAAGCAAGCUGUGAAGAAAGAUGUCUUUCAGAUAUUUGCUGAGAAAGUAAGGGAUCAUAAGGAUCUGGAGUCUAGGUGGGCCGUCUUACAGGAGACAAGAGUUGAGUACUUUAGAGGAAAAGAUUUUGUUAGCUUUUUGAGGAAUCAUGCAGAACUCAAAGAUCUACUUGAAUCAGAUAAAAAUUUGGAAGUUGAAGAUAUUGCCAACAUUCUGCUGAGAAAGAAUCUUAUAGUACGAUGUGACCGUGUUGUCAAAACUGUUCGGCCUGGAAAGCGAAAACUAUCUACUUGGCCUGCACACUUGGAGAUAUUUGCUGACCAAGUGUUUUCUGAUAAUGAUGCAUUUUUUGCAUGGACAUUUGUAAACCGAAGGCCACUAUGGCAAACACUACUUUCAUUUUGCUGGCCUGUUUUGACUCUGGCGAUCUGUUUGUUUCCUGUGUAUCCCCACCAAGUCAAGCUGUUUAUACUCUACUUCUGUGCGGGUGCUUUGCUACUUAUACUUUGCCUCCUAUUAUUGAGAGCCCUUAUAUUUGGAGCACUAUGGGUCAUCCUUGGAAAGCGGGUAUGGUUCUUCCCGAAUAUUCUUGCAGAGGAAGCAACACUUAAGGAAUUAUUCCAGUUUUGGCCCAAGAAAGAUGAGGGUGAGCGACCCAAAUGGACAGCUAGGUUAUUUUAUGCAAUAGUGGCCAUGCUGGUGAUUCUAUUAUUGAGGCACCAUGCUCCUGAUGAAGCUGCUAGAGCCAGGUAUCAGCAGCGGGUAUCCAACAUAAUUGAUGAUGUUCUUGAAUGGUCCCCUAGGCUUGCCCUGUCAGGUAUGAUGGAGAAGCAAACUGUGGUCAAUGUGACCGAUUCCAAGAAUAAUGUUACUGACGGCAGCAAAGCUGGUGCUGAAACGGUGGCUGAGCCUGAAGAUACAGAGGGAGAAACCAUCUCUGACCAAUUUGAGGAAGAAAUCCAAAAUCUAGGGGACACAGAUCACCGUUACUGAACAUUAUAAUAUAUAUGUAACCCAUAGGAACGAAGUCUCAAUCAGACUCCAAAAUACCAUCUUUUCUGUAUCCUCUUUCGUUUUUCAGUUUCAUCUUAUCCCCAAAUAAUAUUUUCAUUUUCAUCGGUGGUCUGAAUGUAGAAUUCUGUAAUGUUACUGCAAAUAUCUUGAUAUUUAUUUACUCGGAAACUAGUGGUAGUUUUUCUGCU